AUGGCAUCCUGGAUCCAACGCCAGAGUGGAUCUCAUCACACACAGCUUGCGGCUACAGCAGUGAUUUCGGGAGCUGCGGUCGCUGGUGCGAUACUUGGCUACCAGGCUUUCAAAAGGAAGGAUGCGGUGCAGCGCCUCAAGGCAUCCAUCCCAGAUGUCAAUGACCAACACCAUGUUGAAAAGCUCACAGAAUACGGUGUCGCGGCUGCAGCGCAGCUGAGCAAGGAAGAUGAACGCAGUGCGCUCCUCGCUCGGAGAGCGCAGGAAGGAGACUACGAUGAUGAGCUCAUCCUCGAACAACUUGCUCGAAACCGUGUUUUCCUGUCCGAUGAAGGCCUCGCGAAGCUCCGCUCGUCAUACAUAAUCGUUGUCGGAUGUGGAGGAGUCGGGUCGCAUGCUGUGGCAUCCCUUGCCCGCUCGGGUGUUUCCAAGAUCCGCCUGAUCGAUUUUGAUCAGGUCACGCUUUCCUCCUUAAACCGACAUGCUCUCGCGACGCUGGCCGACGUCGGAACGCCGAAGGUGCAUUGUAUCCGCAAAAGACUGGAGCAGAUCACACCGUGGGUGAAGUUUGACUGCCGGAACGAACUCUUCGGGGGAUCAGUCGCCGACAGACUUCUUGCGCCUUGGAGUUGGGACGACAACGACAAAGGACACAAGCCUGACUAUGUACUGGACUGCAUCGACAACAUUACGUCCAAGGUGGAGCUGCUUCAUUACUGCCACUCGCACUCCAUUCCCGUGAUUUCGGCAAUGGGAGCAGGAUGCAAGUCAGACCCUACUCGUGUUACGGUUGGUGAUAUUUCACUUAGUACGGAUGAUCCGCUGUCGCGGAGCACUCGUCGACGCCUCAAGUUGUUAGGCGUCAAUACCGGUAUCCCUGUUGUUUUCUCCACUGAAAAGCCCGGUCCUGGUAAAGCCACUCUUCUUCCACUCAACGAGGCAGAAUUCAGCAAAGGAGAAGUUGGUGAACUGAGUGUAUUGCCCGAUUUUCGGGCGCGGAUCCUCCCUGUGCUGGGAACAAUGCCUGCAGUGUUUGGCUACACUGUGGCGAACCACGUCAUUUGCGACAUUUCCGGCUAUCCGAUGGACUACAGCGUAGGUGGAAAGGGUCGGGAUAAGUUGUACGAUGGUGUCUUGGCAGCCUUGCAGGGAACGCUCGAGCGCUUGGCCCGGGCGGAGCAUGGCCCUAGCCUUGUCGGGCUUCGCCUUCCCAUCAGCAAGGAUGACGUCGGAUAUCUGGUCGAUGAGAUCUUCCGCGGCAAGAGCGUUGUUAGUGGCCUCCCCAGUCGAGUCAGUCUUGUUCCCUGGGAGCGGCCUGAGCGAGGAUUCGGACCUGAUCCGGAGUGGAUGAAGCAGGGGCAGACCUUUGUUCUGCUUGAGUUGAAGGAUUUAGUGUGUAUGACUAAGGAUGAAGCUGUACGGCAUGAAAAAGAAGUGCUUCUGGGUGGUAAGCAGCUGCAGGAGGUAUACGAUUCCAAGACGAUUGAAAUGGUGCAGAAGCGUCAACGGGAGAUGGAGUUUCACGAGCAAUAUCGCUAA